CUAGCCCUGCUCGUUCCUCACUUCGCGAUCGCUUCAGAGACUUGAGCUCUCAUCGCCUCAUCUCAUCAUCAGCUUCAGCUAGCUAGCACCACAGACGACGAUGUGCCAGCGUCGUUCGGGCGCUAGUAUAAAUUGCCGAGCUUGACACGGUGAUGGAAUAUAUAUCUAUCCCCGUCCCGUCACACGCAGCGCAACGGCAGCUAUAGCAGCAGCAGCACCGCUGGUUCGCUCCACAGUCGCGCCGGUGGUGUGCCGUGUGCGUGCGUCUACUCUACAUGGCGGCAUCGCUAGGACUCGCCCACGACGCCAGCUGCUACGCCGCCUACCCGCCGGCCGCCGCCGCUGCCUCCUCGUACUUCCCAUCACCACCACCACCCGGCGACCUCGUGGCGGAGUUCCCACCGACCGCCGCCGCCACGGCCAUGGCUGAUGACUACUACUACUACUACUUCCAGUUCGGCGAGGAGAUGGGCGGCGCUCGCGCUCCCGGCUGCGGCGGCGGCUACUGCUCGCCGCCGGCGCCGGCGUUCGACAAUGGCAUGAGCCUGCUGAGCUAUGGCGGCGUCGACGGCGACGGGAGGAGGCCGAUGAGCGGACCAGCUGCUGGCACUGGUGGGAACGGCGGCGGCGGCCGGCCGCCGGCGUCACGGAUCGGGUUCCGGACGAGGUCGGAGGUGGACGUGCUGGACGACGGCUUCAAGUGGCGCAAGUACGGCAAGAAGGCGGUCAAGAGCAGCCCCAACCCGAGGAACUACUACCGGUGCUCGUCGGAGGGCUGCGGCGUCAAGAAGCGCGUGGAGCGGGACAGCGACGACCCGCGCUACGUCAUCACCACCUACGACGGCGUCCACAACCACGCCGCGCCGGGCGCCGCCUACCUCUGCCCGCCGCCGCCGCGCGGCGCAACCGCAACCGCAGCAGCGCCCUGCUUCUCGUCUCCAUGCUCGGGCUCGGCGUCGGCGGCGCUGGUGGCAGCACCCAGCUGGAGCGGCGCUUUUGACGCGUGGGAGGCGCAGCUGGCGGCGGCGGCGGCUCACUCGUCGGAGUCGUCGUACUGAUCCCUCAUCAGUUACACGCACGUACGGAUCUUGUAGCUAGAAUGUUCACGAACGCGUGGAGAUCGAGACGAUCGAUCCCUGCUUUUUUUUGGGUUUGGAGUUUGUACGUACCAUACUGUCAUUACAGUUAGACAUACAUACACCGAGUCUAUUUCUGAUUAGCUGAGCGUUCCCUUUGAUUCAAUAAUACAGGUCCACGUAUAUAUCUCGCUGUACUGAAUACUGACAAGCUGAGCUGCCAGACUUUCCUAGGGAAAAAAAAUCUAUGAUGAAUAACAACAGUCAGACUUUCUGAAACUGAUA